AAAACCUUCCUCGCGACAAAAAGGCGUUUCAAAUAUUUUUCCUGAAAAGCCAUUUCGAUUUCCUUUCAGCGUCAGACUUGAAGGAAAAAUUGAGGACCAAGAAGGAGAUGUCUGGGUAUUCAUCCGUCGCGCUGGUCGCACCGGUCCUCUUAUUAGGGAUCGCGUACAAGCAUCUCCACAGGAAGAAAGCUAGUAAAUCCGAGGUGUUCCUGAGUUUUAGCGGCGAAGAUGCUCUAAAGAUGUUCGCCAAUAGCCUCUGCAAAGGCAUGGUCGAUGCCGGGAUAUGUGUAUUCAGAAGCGAUGAUUGGCUCAGCCUAGGCGAGAAGAUCGGGCCUGAUCCUUUUCAAGCCAUCAAGGGCAGCAAGAUUUCGAUCCCGAUUCUGUCUCCAAAGUACGCUUCUAGCAGAUGGUGCCUCGAUGAACUGGUUCAGAUAAUGAAGUGCAAGAAUGAUAGCUCGGGCCAUGUAGUCUUGCCCAUAUUCUACGGAGUGAAACCCGCAGACGUCCGAUGUGAAAUAGAUGGUUGGGACGCCAAAAUUGUGGAGGAAUGGGAGCGAGCGCUUACAGAAGUCAGUUCCCUAAAAGGAUGGGAAUGGGAGAGAGUCGCUGAUGGGGAUGGAGGGCAAUUGGUCGUCCGAAAAGUUUUGAUGGAGUUGAAGAAAGCUCUUGAGCAAUUUAUUGCCGAGAAUCCGGUCGGGAUUAAAAGUCCCGUGAAAGAGAUUAUGGAAUUUGUAGAUGAUAGUCGCGCUUCUACCCUAUAUGUUGUAAUCCAUGGAGAGAGUGGUGUUGGUAAGACAACUCUUGCUAAAGUCAUUUUCAAUAAGCUCUCUGACCAAUUUGACCAUUGUAGCUUCAUCCCCAACGUUAGGGAAUCAUGUAAGUGCAACGCUAUUGAGCAUUUGCAGAGUCAAUUAAUCAUGGAUAUACUGAAAGAAAAAGUUCAAGUUUAUGAUAAGGACGAAGGAAUUACUGUCAUCUCAUCUAGGUUUAAAGGUAAGAAAAUCCUAAUUCUCCUUGAUGAUGUGGAUGCUAAUCAUCAGUUAGAAGCUUUAGUUGGAGAGCGGAACUGGUUUGCUUCAGGAAGUAGGGUCAUUAUUACCACAAGAAAUAAGAGCGUACUUGAUUGGGCUAAAGUGGACUACGCGUACGAGCAUAAAGAAAUGGAUGAAGAUGCAGCUAAGAUCCUCCUUGCUAGACAUGCAUUUCGGAGUGACUCUCUCCCUAGUGAACUUUCCACUAUUCCUCAUGAUGUGGUACUUGCUAUUCGAAGGUUUCCUUUAAUUGUUGAGGUUAUAGGUUCAUAUUUAUGUGGAAAGAGUCGAGAGUCAUGGGAAAAUACUAGAAACGAUCUGCAACAGUUACAAAAUGUGCGAGACUCGCGCAAGUUGGACAAGUUGCAACAGUUGAAACAGUUGCAAGAGUCGCAAGAAUCGCAAGAGUCGCAAGACAAUCAAGCGUUGCGACUCUUGCAACUGUCGCAACAGUCGCAACUUUUGCAAGAGUGGCAAGAGUCGCAAGUAUCGCCAGAGUUACAAGUGUUGGCAAAGUGGCAAGAGUUGCAACAGUUGCAAGAGUUGCAUCAGUUGCGAGAGUUGCAAAAGUUGCCUCAAAUGGAAGUGCAAGAGAUUUUGAAGAUGGUUUUUGACGCAUUAAAGUCCGAACAAAAGAAGAUAUUUCUGGAUAUUGCUUGUGUUUUAGUCGGGAGUGAUGCCAGAAUCGCAUCAUGCAUGUGGGACGCCAGUGACUCUCAUCAGGUGCUGGGAAUUGAAGAACUAAGAUUUUUGUCAUUGAUAAAAAUUGGAGAUAAUCAUGAGCUUAGAAUGCACGACGAACUGAGGGAUCUUGGUAGGAGUAUUGUUCUCGAAGGAAAUGGCAACGAGCUUGACAAAGGCAGUAGAAUGUGGGAAUAUGAGGAAGCCUUGAAAGUGCUAGAGAAAAAUACGGGAACUGACAAUAUUCAGGCGCUUUCUCUUAACAAAGGCAACUCAAAUGGCGGUCAGAGUUACACAUAUGAACAAUUUAAAAAUUUGGAGGGCUUACGGUUCCUUCACGUAAGUGAUGCAAGUUUUCUGGGAGAUUUCAAGAAAAUAUUUUCCAAAUUAAGAUGGUUUCGAUGGGAGAGAUGUCCUCGAUCUCUGGAGGCAGAGAAUUUUGGUGCAAAGGAAUUAGCCGUUCUCGAUUUGUCAAGAAGUAAUAUUUCAGAUGACUGGAUAGAAUGGAAUUCAAUCAUGGCGGCAAAGAAGCUGAAAGUGCUGAACCUUACAGGUUGCAGUUCUUUGACAAGCACUUUCUUUCUCUCUGAUUUAAAAAAAUUAGAGAUUCUGAUCCUCAGAAAUUGUGACGGGCUGAAGAAUAUUCUACCUUCUAUUGGAGACUUGAAGACCCUCGUUUCUCUUGACUUGAGUGGAUGUUCGAGCCUCAAAAAGCUGCCGGAAGAAGUGGGAAAUUUAGUAGGACUGAAGGAGCUUCUUCUAGAUCGAACUAAAAUUCAGGAAAUUCCUUCAUUUAUCGGUUCUUUGAAGAAGUUGGAGAUGCUUAGCGCGAAGGAAUGUGAAUUUUUGGUUCAACUUCCGGACUCACGCGAUCCGGUGAAUUUGUUGACCAUUGUCUCAUUAGACUUGCCUCGUCUAGACAGCAUUGGGUCCCUAGUGAAGUUGCGGCGCUUGUCAUUACAAAGCUGUCGCCACUUGAGAUGGAUCCCCAACUCGAUUGGUCAAAUGGAAUCAUUGACUGAACUGGUGCUAACCAAAACAACAAUUACGGUAUUACCCGACUCCAUAGAAAAUUUGCAGAAUUUGGGAAUUCUGAAUAUUAGUUCCACUAGUAUAAAAGAGCUACCCAAUGCUAUCGGAAGGUUGAGAAAGCUCCGGAAGUUGGAUGCGUCAAAGUGCACAAACCUGAGUAAGGUAAUUUCAAGUUUCCGUGAUCUUUAUUCUCUCCAACACCUUGAUUUGAUUGGUUGCGUGGAGCUUCAAUCGCUGCCAGAGCUUCCUUCCAACUUAACAGUUGUCGGUGUCACCUGUAAGAGCGUCACUCUGCGUUCAUUUUCUCACUUGAUCCAUCUAAAGAAACUACGACUUCAUAACUGCACAUUUCUCAAAUAUAUCCCAAAGCUUCCCUCAACACUACUAGAGCUUGAAGUUUCGGGAUGUGAAGCAUUGCAGUUAUUGACCCCGCUGAAAGGUUUCAAAGUAUCAUUGGAAAGGUUAAAUAUCAUUCGCUGCAAGUCUCUGGGAGAACUGGACCUUUCAAGAUUAAAUCAUCUGAGGGUAUUACAUGCUCAGAAUUGCGGAAAUAUACAAGAAAUUAGAGGUCUUGACCGAUUGAAUGACUUGAAAAGCUUGACUAUCCAGGGGCACCCUCCCAUUGAGUUAGAUGAACCGUUUUUGCCCAUUGGAAACGGGCAUAGUACCUAACUCAUUGAAAGGCUGGACCUUUUAGAUUUGGAGGGUCUUCAUAGGUUGGGGGAUCUUGGAAGACUUGGAUAUCUUUGGAUGCACUUCCUUAAAGAGGCUGGACUUUUCAAAAACUAAAGCGUCUGAAGAAAUUUUAUGCUAGAAUUGCAAAAAAUUCAUCGAAAUUCAAGGUCUUGAUAGAUUGUAAUUUUUGGAAAAGCAGAAUAUCGUUAAAAGGUUACCAGACUCGUGUUGCCUCAAGACCUGGAAGAGUUUGACAUCAUGUCCGAGUUGAUCGGUAUAGUAUGGUUGUAGAAAAAUUGCCGUAAACUGAGAAAAAGCCAUAUGAUUGGACAAUUAGAUUUUCUGGAUGCAAGUCAUCCAAAACAAUACCAAAAUUAUCUGGAACGACUCUAUCAGAAUCAUGCUUCUAUAAAUGCAACGAUGUAUAUGCAGGUGAGUCAUAGAAGUUGAGAUGAUCCAUAUUUCCUAACAAAGACAUGUCAAGCCGAUAAGCGAUCGUUUUCCUACUGAAACAUGCGACUCAAUUUUCAUUGGUAUUUCCUGUCUGCAAUUUCUUUUAAGAUUAUUACCUACUUCUCAUUGGUAUUUCCCGUUUGACAGUCUUGUUGUUUUUGUCUUACAUAAAUUCAUGGAAUCUUGGGGAAGAUCUUGGAAGUCACUGUGAUGCUUCAGCAAAAUGUUUUUCCUCAUCAUGCCGGCAAUGUAGCUAGAACGGAAGGCCUUCUA